CCUAACCACCCAUAUCUCUUCUCGGGUGGAUCGCAACCGUCACCGGCCUGAAAAUUAAACCACGCCGUUACCUAGCGGCGGCACCAUCCUCGUUGACCGGUGGUCCCAGCUACUUCAGUUGCCGGCGGCUAAAGAAGACGAAGAAAGAAGAAAGAAGAAGAAGAAGAAGAAACGCUUUCCUUCAUUCAUUUUAAGCUCUUUGUUUCAAUCACUUGGCGAAUCGAACUGAAUCCUGGAAGUAGCAGUAUCAGCUUUCACUCCAUUGGUGUUAUGGAGAUAUCAUUGUUGAAAAUGCUUGCUAAUGGCAUAUCCUCAUUUUUGCAUUUAUCAUAUUCUGGAAACAUGAACUCAGAACCUGUCUCAAAGUAUUACCAGAAGGCAGAGGAGAUACUUAAGUUGUUGAAACCAAUCAUUGAUGUGAUUGUUAAUUCUGAGUUAACUACUGAUGAAAUGCUUAAUAAGAUAUUCAAAGAACUUGGUCAUGCUGUUGAUGAAUUAAAGGAGCAUGUUGAGAACUGGCACCUAUUGUCCAGCAAAGUUUACUUUGUUAUGCAAGUUGAACCCUUGAUAUCUAGCAUUCGGACUUCAGCGCUCAAUAUUUUCCAGCAGCUGAAGGCUUCUCAGCAAUGUGUUGGUGAUGAAUUGAGUUCUGAACAUUUAGAGCAUUGUGUUCAGAAACUUAAGCAUUUGGGACAUGAAGAAACCUUAUCAGUCAUUAAGGAAGCUAUUACGGAACAACUGAAAGGUGUAGGACCCAGUGCGGAGGACCUGGCAAAAAUUGCUGAUAGCCUGGGCCUAAGGACUAAUGAGGAGGUUCUGAUUGAGGCUGUGGCCCUUGAAAGGUUGAAGGAGAAUGCUGAACAAACCGAAAAGACUGCAGAAGCUGAAUACAUUGAUCAAGUGAUUGCUGUUGUAAUGCAUAUGCAUGAGCGUCUUGUUAUGCUUAAGCAAGCCCAGAGUAGCAGCCCAGUUCCAGUACCUGCUGACUUUUGUUGUCCUCUUUCUUUGGAGUUGAUGAUUGAUCCGGUGAUUGUCGCAUCAGGGCAAACCUAUGAACGGGCUUUUAUAAAGAACUGGAUUGAUCUUGGGCUUACUGUUUGUCCCAAGACACGUCAGACUCUGGCUCACACCAACCUAAUACCUAACUACACUGUAAAGGCACUAAUUGCAAAUUGGUGUGAAGCAACCAAUGUGAAGUUGGUUGGUCCCACACAGUCCACAAAUUUAAAUCAAGCACCUGUCCUUCAUGGGUAUAUGGAGUCUGGUACAACCAGGGAAUCACCUGUUUUUUCUCAUUCCAGGAGCAACCUGCCAUCGUCACCUGAGUCGGUUCGUUCUCGUUCUUUUAGUUCACCGGGUAAUAACUUAACUUCUGGUGGAAUCCAGCGAGAAGGAACGUCACCUUUGCAUCCCCGUUCAACUUCAGAAGGUUCCUUAAGUGGCAUGGUUAAUGGGCAAUAUAUGGAUCUUGCAAGAAUACCACCUGCAGGUUUAGAUGACAGGUCUGCUAGCUCUGAUGAAAGCAGUAUGGAUUCAGCUGGCCAGCCAUCAAUGUCACCAUCCAGAAUUGAAUCUUCCAGUGCCUUUAGCUCUGAACAAUCUCAAACCCAUGUUAGAGCUGUUUCUGAUUCCAGUGCACUUUCUAUUGCAAAUUUUCCUCAAGAAACACAAGCUGAUGAGAACAAUGCUCCUGGGCUGUCAACAAGUCCAGGCUACAGUAGAGAUGCUUCUGGUGAAUUAAAUCCAGGGCCAGAUGCUGCUGGUGCUGCUGCCAUACCAUCAAUGCAUAGAGAACCUGAGUUCCCACCCCGUUUGAUGGAGGCAAGGUCUCGAAGCCAAGCUAUAUGGAGGCGGCCAUCAGAGAGGCUUGUUCCUAGGAUAGUAGCUUCUCCUGCUACUGAAACAAGAACUGAUCUUUCUGCUAUUGAAACCCAGGUUCGGAAUUUGGUUGAGGGCUUGAGGAGCUCUGAUCUUGAUACUCAGAGAGAGGCAACAGUAGAACUCCGCUUUCUUGCUAAGCACAAUAUGGAUAAUCGAAUUGCAAUUGCAAACUGUGGAGCCAUUAGCAUAUUAGUUGACUUACUUCGAUCAGCUGAUACCAGGAUCCAGGAAAAUGCUGUUACCGCACUUCUCAACUUAUCAAUUAAUGAUAACAACAAAGCUGCAAUCGCAAAUGCUGGUGCAAUUGAUCCUCUGAUUCAUGUGCUUGAGACUGGUAGCCCAGAAGCCAAGGAGAAUUCAGCUGCCACUCUUUUCAGCUUAUCAGUGAUUGAGGAAAACAAGAUAAGCAUAGGGAGGUCUGGGGCAAUUAAACCACUGGUAGAUUUAUUAGGAAAUGGAACCCCUAGAGGGAAGAAAGAUGCUGCUACUGCUUUGUUCAAUUUGUCAAUAUUUCAUGAAAACAAGAAUCGGAUUGUGCAAGCUGGUGCUGUGAAGCACCUUGUGGAGUUAAUGGACCCAGCAGCUGGAAUGGUUGACAAGGCAGUGGCUGUGUUAGCUAAUCUUGCCACGAUUCCAGAAGGAAGAGAUGCAAUUGCUCAUGAAGGAGGGAUUCCUGUUCUUGUUGAGGUUGUCGAGUUGGGUUCUGCAAGAGGAAAGGAGAAUGCAGCAGCAGCUCUUCUACAUCUUUGCUUACACAGGAACAGAUACUUAAGCAUGGUGCUCCAACAAGGUGCUGUACCACCAUUAGUGGCUUUAUCACAGUCAGGUACCCCAAGGGCCAAAGAAAAGGCCCAGGCUCUCCUUAAUCAAUUUAGAAGUCAAAGACAUGGUAAUGCUGGGAGGGGCUGAUUUUGAAUUCCCAACCUCUUUGUGCUAUUCGAAGGUUUUGUAUUAACUCAUAUAGAUCGUCUCUAAUUUUUACAUUACAUGGUGCAAAUAAUGUGUAAAGGUGUUUUGUAUUGUUUUCACUUGCUUGUAAAGGUAAAGAAAAAUGCAUGGAGGAUUGAUUGUGUCCUCUUGUGAAAAACCUUUUUUGUGAUGUAAGAAAAAUUAUACAUGUAACUC